AUGGCGACCGCCGCGGAGCAGUGGGUCCUGGUGGAAAUGGUGCAGGCGCUCUACGAGGCUCCUGCUUACCAUCUUAUUUUAGAAGGAAUUCUAAUACUCUGGAUAAUCAGACUUCUUUUCUCUAAAACUUACAAAUUGCAAGAACGAUCUGACCUUACAGUCAAGGAAAAAGAAGAAUUGAUUGAAGAGUGGCAACCAGAGCCUCUUGUUCCUCCUAUCUCAAAGGACCAUCCUGCUCUCAACUACAACAUUGUUUCAGGCCCUCCAAGCCACAGCAUCGUGGUGAAUGGAAAAGAAUGUGUAAACUUUGCCUCCUUUAAUUUUCUUGGAUUGUUGGGUAACCCUAGAGUGAAGGCAGCGGCUUUGGCAUCUCUAAAGAAGUAUGGUGUGGGGACUUGCGGACCUAGAGGAUUUUACGGCACCUUUGAUGUGCACUUGGAUUUGGAAGACCGCCUUGCAAAAUUUAUGAAGACAGAAGAAGCCAUUAUCUACUCGUAUGGAUUUGCCACCAUAGCCAGUGCUAUUCCUGCUUACUCUAAGAGAGGGGACAUUGUGUUUGUAGAUAGAGCUGCCUGCUUUGCUAUUCAGAAAGGAUUACAGGCAUCACGUAGUAACAUUAAGUUAUUUGAGCAUAAUGAUAUGGCUGACCUGGAGCGACUGCUAAAAGAGCAAGAGAUCGAAGAUCAAAAGAAUCCUCGCAAGGCACGUGUAACUAGACGUUUCAUUGUAGUCGAAGGCUUGUACAUGAAUACUGGCACCAUUUGUCCCCUUCCAGAAUUGGUUCAGUUAAAAUACAAGUACAAAGCCAGGAUCUUUCUGGAGGAGAGCCUUUCGUUUGGAGUGCUGGGGGAGCAUGGCCGAGGAGUCACUGAGCAUUUUGGAAUCAAUAUCGAUGAUAUUGAUCUCAUCAGUGCCAACAUGGAGAACGCACUUGCUUCCAUUGGGGGCUUCUGCUGUGGCCGCUCUUUCGUAAUCGACCACCAGCGCCUUUCCGGUCAGGGAUACUGUUUCUCUGCCUCGUUGCCGCCCUUGUUAGCUGCUGCUGCCAUUGAGGCCCUCAACAUCAUGGAGGAGAAUCCAGGUAUUUUUGCAGUGUUGAAGGAAAAGUGCAAACGAAUUCAUAAAGCUUUACAAGGCAUCUCUGGCCUGAGAGUGGUCGGGGAGGCCCUGUCCCCCGCCUUCCACCUGCAGCUGGAGGCCAGCACUGGGUCCCGCGAGCAGGACGCCCAGCUGUUGCAGGAGAUCGUCCGGCAGUGCCUGGAGCGGAGCAUCGCCCUCACGCAGGCGCGCUACCUGGAGCGAGAAGAGAAGUGCCUGCCGCCUCCGAGCAUUAGGGUGGCGGUCACUGUGGAGCAGACGGAAGAGGAGCUGGAGAAGGCCGCGUCCACGAUCAAGGAGGUGGCCCAGGCGGUCCUGGGCUAG